AACAAAACUCCUUCAACUCACAUUCCCCGGAUCAGUUUUCGCUGCCCUUAAAUAUCCUAUCUUCACAAUCAAGGAGACAUGGGGGGCAGAUCAGCUACUAAGACAGCUUAUUUCGAGAAGCUGAAGAACCUUCUCGAUGAAUACAAGUCGGUGUUCAUUGUCAGUGUUGACAAUGUCAGCUCCCAGCAGAUGCACGAAAUCCGUCUGAGCCUUCGCGGCGAGGCCGUUGUGCUCAUGGGAAAGAACACUAUGGUUCGCCGUGCUCUUAAGGGAUUUAUCGUCGAUAACCCAGAAUAUGAGCGAUUGUUGCCUCAUGUCAAGGGCAAUGUCGGCUUUAUCUUCACAAACGCUGACCUGAAGGAGGUCCGCACCAAGAUCUUGGCCAACAGAGUUGCUGCUCCAGCUCGUGCCGGUGCUAUCGCUCCCGCCGAUGUCUGGGUUCCUGCUGGUAACACCGGUAUGGAACCCGGUAAGACUUCCUUCUUCCAGGCUUUGGGUGUCCCCACCAAGAUUGCUCGUGGUACCAUUGAAAUCACGACCGAUCUUAAGCUCGUUGAGGUUGGCGGCAAAGUCGGUCCUUCCGAGGCAACCCUUCUCAACAUGUUGAACAUCUCUCCGUUCACGUACGGUAUGACUGUUGCUCAGAUUUACGACGACGGCCAGACCUUCAGCCCUGCUGUCUUGGAUAUUGAGGAGGAGCAGCUCAUUGCUUCUCUCCAAUCUGCCAUUAAAACCAUCACCACCAUCUCUUUGGCUGUUAACUUCCCCACCUUGCCAUCCGUUAUGCACUCUCUUGUCAACGGUUACAAGAAGGCUUUGGCUAUUGCUGUUGAGACUGAUUACAGCUGGAGCGAGAUUGAGGAACUCAAAGAUCGCAUUGCCAACCCCGAUGCCUAUGCCGUUGCUGCCCCAACUGGCCCGGCUGAGACCAAGGGUGAGGAGAAGGCAGCUGCCAAGGAAGAAGAAGAAGAGGAAGAGAGUGAAGAGGAUGGAGGAUUCGGUGGUCUCUUCGAUUAAAUAUAAAUUGGGGCUCUGUGUUGCGGGAUGCCUGAAAAAUAGCAUACGCUAUGUGAUAUCUCGUAGCGGAAAAAUAAUGAUUCUACCGCUUCAAACAUCAUUCUCAAUUUUCAAGUGCUGCCAUUUAACCGGAUAGCGCACAGCUUUCGCUAAACAUUUAUUGUAGGUCAACACGUUGCACUGUUUAAUAUAGGCUACAGUUGCUCAGUAAAAUGAUUCAGUAUAUUCAUCAUCACUAUCCCUAAUUCAUCGCAGACCAUCAUCCCCUCUUCCAAAUCGUCCUCCUAACCCUCCCAAAUCUCUCCGGAAGAACUUGCCGAUGUUCUUCAAAUUCUCAUUUAAAUUAGCCGCGUGGAGUCCAGCGGCAGCGAGACCGCCUUCACCCGCCUCACCACCAGCGGUCACUGCCUCCCCAGGGGGUGGAGUUCCCGUGCUAUUCACAGCUCCCCCAGAGGCAGGAUUAACACCCAAGGUCCCCAAACCUGGUGUACCUAGCCUAUCAACUCCGUCUCGGGCGGCAGAUAUAAGCGCUGACCCAAAUGUUGACGCAUCGAAUCUCGUCUGAAGGGUACUACUCGCCAAAGACGGGCCUUGAGAAGCUCCAAGGCCACUCAGCCCCAAUCCCUGAGUGACAUUUCCAGACUGGGAGGCCACAAUGGAAGUCUGUGGCUGCAGCUGCGCAAUGAGCGGGUUACUCGCCUGUAAAUUCGCCGCGUGGCGAUCGGAAGCCUUGUGGAUCUGGAAUAGCUCGAGUAAUCGAUUCUGUUCUACCUUGCUGCGUAUUCCUUUGAUAUCGAGGAUCUUGCGGAAAUUAUUGUCGUUCUUGUCGGCGACAUGAAUGAGAUAAGCUUGUACGAGGGCUUCCGCCGGGGCAGUUCGGACUUGGAGCGUUUUCAGGAGCGUAUCUACUUUCUGGAAUGUAGCGUUGAGGCGUUUGGAGAAGCCAGCAGGAGCAGGAUCGAGAAGAUUAGAUAGACCGUUCUUUACUGAAUAGCUAUCAAGGAGCAUCUAAAACAUCAUUAGCAUUUGAAAAAGAUAAUAUCUGUGGAAAGGUGGGCGGACCUGUUCAGCACCGGUCUCAGAAAUCGGUCUACACUGAUAAAUAUUGGAAACAAAGCUGUUUGAAACGUUCUCAACGAGAUGAUCUGCGAAGGAGCUUUGAUCGCCCACGGCGUCAAGCUUGCUCCAAGCUAUAUUUCGCAUUUCCCUCCAGGCCGGCUCCAGCUCUAAUUCCACUUUGCGAACGAGUAUGCGAACAACAGCGCUGGCGAUACCCAUGAAGGAGUCCGCCUGGCUUUGUAAGUCAAUAGUCUGUUUGAAAGUCUCGUCAACUCGGCCUUUGAUCUUUUCCUCCAAUUGAUUGCAGGUCGAGUAACAGUAGUCUCCUGUGUUUAGAACCAUGAUGAGCUCCUCCAGGGACGGUGUUUUGGAUGGAGUUUGCCCACUGGCUUUCUCACUGAUGUGAAAUAGCAGAACUUGCUGCGCAUAUUGAUCGAGGUAUUUCGAGAAAACUUUUGAUAACUCUGCCAGGCUAUUUCCUGUCGAUAGUUUGGCACAUUGUGCGAGAGAAUGGCGAUAAAACGUAAAGAGGUCGGUGGAAGAUUGAAUGACAAGCUGUGGAGUG